UCUGAAGAAGCUGAGGCUGCAUUCUGCAGGCAUAAGAACCAGGGUAGCCAUGACUGUGCUUGGGUACUGCUUUCUCCAGGGAAUUGCUUCUCUCAUCCUCUGUGUCUCAGUGGGUGCUCAAGAGGCCCCACAGCUCCAUCUGGCAGAGGGGGGCCAUCGCUGUAUGGGAAGAGUGGAGAUUCUUUACCAGGGCUCAUGGGCCACCAUCUGUGAUGACAGCUGGAGUAUGAGUGAAGCUCACGUGGUGUGCAGACAGAUUGACUGUGGCGCAGCUGUCUCUGCUACACUUGUUGGUUACUUUGGGUCCAGACCAGAGUCCAUUCACCUGAAUAACCCGGACUGCACAGGAAAAGAGACCCAUGUGUGGCGGUGCCCCUCCUGGAGCUGGUACCAGCACAACUGCACUCGAUGGCCAGCUGCAGGAGUCUUCUGCUCAGGUAUAGUCUGUAAUUAA